AUGAAAUUCAAUAUCUUCUUCACUCUUAUUAUUCUCACGAUUUUCUGUCUAGUUGCCGAUGUAUAUGAAGUAAAUGCAUCGACGAUUAAACUCAAAUCUACUUUCUGGGCGCAUGCGAUUAAUGUGAGAGGAGAAAUAUAUGAUUGUGACAGUUAUAAUGAUGCAUGGGAAAAUGGUGAUCUAUAUCUUACCAGCAAUCAAUCCGAAUGUCUAGUGUUUAGCACUUCAGUGUCACUUUCCAAAUAUUGUUUUCAUUUUCAUAUUUAUAAAAAUGAUCAAUAUAUAGAAAAUAUUGACAAUAGUCAAGACACAUGUUACAAAGUUGAUGGAUCCGAAUCUAACUGGUCAUUAAGCUCAAUAGAUUGUGGAGAAAUUCCUUCAAACAUAGUAAAUUGUGAUCAAUAA